AUGGAAUCCAUCAAAAUGCUGUCAAAAGAUGCAUUUACCUACCUAAACAAAAUUCCCACAGACAGAUGGAGCAGACAUGCCUUCUCAACUAAGAGUAAGUCUGCCAUGAUCCUCAACAAUUGCUGUGAAUCUUUCAAUAAUGUAAUUAGGGAGGCUAGGUCACAACCUAUUCUAAGUAUGAUGGAGUGGGUAAGGAGGUAUGUGAUGAAAAGGGCAUGCAUAAAGAGGGAAGGGAUGGAGAACUAUGUGGGUAAGGUGAUGCCUGCUGCCAUGAAGUUGUUGCACUUAUCAAAAGAGGGUGCAAAGAACUACUUUGAGACCAAGUCUACUCCCCAAUUGUUUGAGGUUAACCAUGGAGAAAAUCAGUAUGUGGUUAACCUUCAAGCAAGGACAUGUGGUUGCUAUAGGUGGGACUUGACUUGCAUCCCUUGCUGUCAUGACUUUAGAUGCAUCAUGAGAAACAGAGCUGACCCUGAAGACUAUGUGCAUAAGGCAUACACCAAGGAAUCUUUUUUGCUUGCUUAUGCCCCUGUUUUCUACCCAAUGCCUGGUAUGAAACAGUGGGAGAAGACAAAAUCCCCACAUCCACUACCACCACCAUUCAGAAAGAUGGCAGGAAGACCCUCUAAGAGGAAGAGAAUUAGAGCAGAAGGUGAGGAUGAUGAACAUGUGAAUGCUUUGGUUGUCAAAAGGAGGAAGCCCACUAGGUGUGGCAACUGUGGGGAUUUUGGCCACAACAAGAAGACUUGCAAGAAUGAUGCAGCUCCACCACCACCUCCAAAAAAGAUGGGAAGGCCUAAAAAGCAAGGUCCUUUUACAAAUCCUACACGCACAUCAAAGAAGAACCUAACUGAUUCUGGUGCAUCUGCAUCUGCAACCAAGAGAAAGAGCAAGGCUGCACCAGCUAAGGGAAAGAGCAAGGCAGCACCAGCUAAGGGGAGGACCAGGGAUGCACAAGGAACUCAGGAACCUGCUUCACAAGUUGAUGAUUAG